CAGAACAGAGCUAACCGUGCAACGGAGCGGCGCCCAAACCAGCGCAUAGCUUUGGGCUUUUGCAAUACUAAACCGACCUUUUAGCUUAUACAACUAUUUCUUUCCGACUUCAGCUACAGUGAUAGCUAAGUUUGGAAAGGUGGAAGGGGAGAGACGCCGUGUCUUUUUUGUUGUUUUAGUCGUUUACCGACAGUAAGAAGCUGCGGUGUUCGGGGGUCGACCUCCUUUGCAACAUCACAAAAGAGGAGACAGCGAAAAUCCCCCCAAAAAAAGCAACAUUCAAUUUGUUGUUUUUGCUAUUUGGACAGCCAUAAAAUGGAUACAUCUGGACCUAAGAAGACAUGCUGUGAGUCUGUCCGAGACUUCUUCACUUCGGCUAAAUUCCUUAUUUACAUGGGACAUGCUCUGUCCACAUGGGGUGACCGAAUGUGGAACUUUGCUGUGGCUGUUUUCCUGGUGGAGCUGUAUGGGAACAGCCUGCUUCUCACUGCCGUGUACGGGCUGGUGGUGGCCGGCUCUGUGCUGCUGCUGGGGGCCAUCAUUGGGGACUGGGUGGACAAAAAUCCCAGACUCAAAGUGGCCCAGACUUCGCUGGUCGUCCAGAACAGUUGCGUCAUCGUGUGUGGGAUCCUCCUGAUGGUUGUUUUCCAGUUCAAAGAACAGCUUGUGGAGCUUUACAAUGGAUGGAUUCUGACCACCUGCUACAUUCUGGUGAUCACCAUCGCCAACAUUGCCAACCUUGCCAGUACGGCUACAGCCAUCACCAUCCAGAGGGACUGGGUGGUGGUUGUGGCAGGUCAGGACAGCAGCAAGUUGGCAGACAUGAAUGCCACAGUGCGGAUUAUCGACCAGCUGACCAACAUCCUGGCUCCCAUGUUGGUGGGCCAGAUAAUGGCCUUCGGCUCCAAUUUCAUUGGCUGCGGCUUUAUCUCUGGCUGGAACCUGUGCUCCAUGUGUCUGGAGUACGCGCUGCUGUGGAAGGUCUAUCAGAAGACGCCGGCGUUAGCCUCGAAAGGCGGCCAGAAGGAGCAGCAACAGGAGCUCAAACAGCUCAGCCCGGCGAAAGACUCGGAGAGCGGCCAGAGACCUGAAGAGUCGUCUCAGCCGCUGAUGAUUGAAACCUCAGUAGUGGCCAAGCCCGACUCUCCCAAGGGGCACGGCUGUUGCUACCAGAUGACCGAACCGCUGCGCACCUUGAAGGCCGGCUGGGUGGCCUACUACAACCAGAACAUAUUCUUCGCUGGCAUGUCCCUGGCUUUCCUCUACAUGACGGUGCUUGGCUUCGACUGCAUCACCACGGGGUACGCCUACACGCAGGGCCUCAACGGCUCGGUGCUGAGCCUUCUGAUGGGGGCCUCGGCAGUGUCGGGCAUCUGCGGCACCGUCGCCUUCACUUGGGUCCGCAAGAAGUGCGGCCUGAUCCGCACGGGCUUCAUCUCGGGCACGGCCCAGCUGUCCUGCCUCAUUCUCUGUAUUGUCUCUGUCUUUGCUCCCGGGAGCCCCUUCGACCUCAGCGUCUCGCCCUUCCAGGACCUUUACACGCACCUGUUUGGAGAGAAGCUGCUGCCAGAGAUGGACCACAGCCUCACCAGCAUUCUUACCGGUUUGAAUGCCACUACUGCUGCACCAGCUGAGGAGCUGCCACCAUUGCAGUCCUACAUGUCUGUUAGUCUGCUGUUUGCUGGCAUAAUUGCUGCUAGAAUUGGCCUGUGGUCUUUUGACCUGACAGUGACCCAGCUCAUCCAGGAGAAUGUGAUCGAGUCGGAGCGAGGUGUGAUCAACGGCGUCCAGAACUCCAUGAAUUACCUCUUAGACCUGCUGCACUUCAUCAUGGUGAUUCUGGCUCCGAACCCAGAGGCCUUCGGCCUGCUGGUCAUCAUCUCUGUGUCCUUCGUGGCCAUGGGUCACAUCAUGUACUUUGGCUUUGCCUUCAAGAGUCUGGGCAGUCGCCUCUUCCUCUGCUGCUCGCCGGAGCAAAAGAUGGAGACGGUAGAAAGCCUCUCACUUCCUACCACCGUCUAACCCCGUUAAAGAGACUCCGUCCUAGGUACAUAUUUCUCAAGCCUUACCCGACCCCUGCAUCUUAUCUAACUAACACCUUUGCUUGUAGCUGGCAGAAUGCUAAUGCUAACUUAAACCAGAGAAAGGUAACUUAAAAUGCUAUGCGUACUGUAGCCAUGAAUACAGCAUUAAUCAUGAGUAGAAGGAGGUGAGAAGAAUGCUUAGAGUCAUAGAAAACUAAUCCACAGCAAAACUGUAGAUAAGGCAGGGUUCCUCUAACUUUUUUAAAAGUCUGGGAGUCAGGUGAGCGCCUCAACCUCACCUGCGGGUCCAUGCUCUUUGAUACAUACAUGAACUGUCAAACAGGGAUCCAUCACUUCUAGACCUCUGACCCCAAUGUGGGUCCUGUUAAAGCAUUCAGGGGAUAAUGCACUGUCAAAUAUUCUCCUCCCAACAGCCUGGAUCUAGCUGUAAAGAGUUUCAGUGAAGGUGCUUCAGCUAACUAAAGGGCAGAAUAAGGGAGAAAUCUUGCAGGGAGGAGGCACAGAGGCUUGGAUUAAGGGGGGCACGACUGUCCGAGACCCCGAAAGAGAGAACGUUCCCCAUUUCCUGACGCUUGUCUCUCAGUGACUUCUUUGGUGCUGUAGUUGUGUCUGCUAGCUGUUCUCUGAUUGGCCAAGCUUACAUAUACAAGUAGGGUGAGCUGGUUGUGGAUGUCUUCCUCAAGAGGGAGGGUGCUUUUUAUUUAACCAAACACAAAACUGGGUCUAGUCAUUUUAAUACAUAGUUAUAAGGAUUAUGCAGUUAACUGUAUUUAUUCAGGAAAUGCAGUGUUUUUUUAUAAUAAUCGUAUCAUCAGUAUUGUGUUGCGCACUCGCGGUUGUUAGGAAAGAAAGAAAUGAGAAAUCCUAUGCAGCCUCGUCGAUAUCUCUCUCAGUUACCAAAGUCAAAGUCCAUAUGUUGCAUAAAAGGAAGUGAGGGAAACCAGAUAUACAUCUGAAGCAUUACAAAUAUAUAUUUCUACAUCAUGUGACAGUAGUAUACCUGGAUAUGUCUAACCCACUCUGCGAUUGUACUUAAAUUAGUUUUUUUCUGAUAGUUUACAUUAUUAGUGUCUCUUUGUCACCUUUUGAUUUCAUGUUCUCUUUUCUCUUUUUUUAAAUCAUGAUUGUUGUUACACCGGCACUUUAAAUGAUUGACAUCAUUACACCUAACGCAAUAUUUUUGCACAAGGCUGAAGCCCUGACUUCCCCAUAAACCCUCCGCACAAUCUUAUUUCAAUCACUAAUACUGUCUUUGUCAGCCUGUUCAGACGCUGCGCAGGGAUUGUGGUUAAAAAAGGCACAUAAUGUAACACUCAUGAGGAGAAACUGAACCAGUCUGGAUAGCUUCAGACCGACUCCUGGACCUGGACUGGGUCAGUUUUAGUUGUUAUUGCUGUUAGCUUCAACAGAGGUGGACACAUUUUACUUAAGUCAAAGUUCCAACAAUUACGUUGACAUGUUUGGCUUUACAUUUCUGGUCUAGAAAAUGAAUUUGAAUCACACCUCAUGGAAGUUUGUGGCUUUUUUUGCAUGAUUCUUUUCCUGUGGAGUGAUUUUGUAAGAAAAAAAAUGUUUCCAAAAACAUGAAAUUCAUAGACAUUUGGAACGUUGCUUUAUUUUGAGUCUGAGUCUACUGUAUAUAACUCUGAGCAGCAGCCACUGUGGAUAUAUGUGACAGUUAAUGAUCAAUGCUUAAAAAUAGUGUAACAAGGAGGAGUCUAAAGUUUUCUAACAUUAGCUAACAUUAGCCACCAUAAGCUACUGGUCAUACCAAGUAAGGCUGUAGCAGCAAAACCCCUGAGUGCAAUAAACUGCUUAUACAUUCAACUUUUUCAUCUGAAAGAGGAGUAACGUAACUAGUAAAGUAUCUAAUGUAGCUGUAACUAGUUCCUUCCCACCCCUGGCCUUCAGUGAUUUUCUCUUGCCUUAUUGUAAAUUAGCCUUGAUAGCUCUUAAACGCACACAUGUGGCUUCAUCAAGAUGGUUACAAGCAGCAGCCCAGCCAUGGAAUGUCUAGACGAGAUUUUGGAUCGGGCUGGGCGAGAAAUAUUUAGGUUGGAAACAGAGGUAGACACACCAGAUGUAGGAGAACAGAAGGCCACUUUUUAGCUGCACAUGCUGAGUCAGGAUAUCUGCAGGUGUGCCAUUGGGUGCCGACUCGCUGGCAGUGGAGCUUCAUUUUCAUGUUCCAGCCGGGUUUAAUGUAACCUCAAACUCAGUCUGGGCAUGAGAACAAAACCAGCUCUUACAGCGCUUGGUCUGCCGAUUCAGGAAAAUCUUACAUGGCCAUAACUCUAUGUUUGUAAUGUAAAUAACAGCGGUCAGUCAAUAUAAAUUUACUUAAAUACACAAUUGGAAAAUGCAAAAAAAAAAAAUUUAUAUUGUGUGUGCUGUUGUCAUGCUGUUUGUCUGGAAAUGCUGACUUUUUCCCGUUUUUUUGUACAUGUUUUUAUACACCUAGUGUUUUGAUUUUGUGUUGAAUUGCCAUUUCUUUGAAAAGAUUUUGGAAAUUUAUGUAUAAAGCAAUUACUUCCUUUCAUUUCUGUAUCAUACUGCUUUAAUCUGACAAUUUAUAUUUCUUUCUGUAUAUAUAUAAAUAAACCAGUGUUAUUGUAGUUUAAUAGACAGAAACAUAAAAUCAUAAAGAAAUCAUUUAUAUGUAAUAAUUACACUCCACUGAAUUGGUACUCAUUGUAUUGCAUGCGGUCUCCUAAAUAAAGAAAACAUUCAUUCA